CUGUACGUCCAGGGGCUCGUGAGCUGAUAGAGAAGCGCUUUCAGUCUUGAGUUUGAGACUGGCCACCUGCCCAAGGACCAGGCAGGAGAGGAGACUCCCUCAUUCUGGUGAGCGCCGUGGGCUAUGGGAUGGAUGAGGUGGAGCAGGACCAGCAUGAGGCCCGACUCAAGGAGCUGUUUGACAGUUUUGACACGACAGGCACCGGGUCCUUGGGACAGGAGGAACUCACCGACCUUUGCCACAUGUUGAGCUUGGAGGAGGUGGCCCCAGUGCUCCAGGAGACGCUGCUUCAGGACAACCUCUUGGGCAGGGUGCAUUUUGACCAAUUUAAAGAAGCAUUAAUACUUAUCUUGUCUAGAACUCUGUCAAAUGAAGAACACUUUCAAGAAUCAGCAUCUGUGGGUGUCAGCUGCCAACAAGUAGCUCGGGUGUCUGGGCCGCUCCUGAAUACUCACAGGCUGACACACUCUCUCCUGAUGAAAGACUGUUCACUAGAAGCUCAGCCCAAAUAUGUUAAAGGUGGGAAGCGUUACGGACGAAGGUCCUUGCCUGAGUUUCAAGAAUCCGUGGAAGAGUUUGCAGAGAUUGAGCCACUAGAUGAAGAAGCACGGCCUUCACACACCCCAGCCAGUGACCGCCACGAGCACUGGAAGACACAGCGUAGUGAAGAGUAUGAAGCGGAAGGCCAGUUAAGAUUUUGGAACCCAGAUGACUUGAAUGCCUCACAGAGUGGGUCUUCUGCUCCCCAAGACUGGAUAGAAGAGAAACUGCAGGAGGUUUGUGAAGAUCUGGGGAUCACCCGUGAUGGUCACCUGAACCGAAAGAAGCUGGUCUCCAUCUGUGAGCAGUAUGGCCUGCAGAAUAUCGAUGGAGAGAUGCUUGAGGAAGUCUUCCAUAAUCUUGAUCCUGAUGGUACAAUGAGCGUAGAAGAUUUUUUCUAUGGCUUAUUCAAAAAUGGAAAAUCCCUCACACCAUCAGCAUCUACUCCAUAUAGACAGUUGAAAAGGCACCUCUCCAUGCAGUCCUUCGAUGAGAGUGGACGACGUACCACAACCCCAUCAGCAAUGACAAGUACCAUUGGCUUUCGGGUCUUCUCCUGCCUGGAUGAUGGGAUGGGCUAUGCAUCAGUGGAGAAAAUACUCGACUCCUGGCAGGAAGAGGGCAUUGAGAACAGCCAGGAGAUCCUGAAGGCCUUGGAUUUCAGCCUUGAUGGGAAUGUCAACCUGACAGAAUUGACACUGGCUCUUGAAAAUGAACUUUUGGUCACCAAGAAUGGCAUUCACCAGGCAGCUCUGGCCAGCUUUAAGACUGAGAUCCGGCAUUUGCUGGAGCGAGUUGAUCAAGUGGUCAGAGAGAAAGAGAAGCUACGGUCAGAUCUGGACAAAGCUGAGAAGCUCAAGUCUCUAAUGGCUUCCGAGGUGGAUGAUCACCAUGCGGCCAUCGAGCGGCGCAAUGAGUACAACCUCAGGAAACUGGAUGAAGAGUACAAGGAGCGAAUAGCAGCCUUAAAGAAUGAACUCCGAAAGGAGAGAGAACAGAUCCUGCAACAGGUGGGCAAGCAGCGCUUGGAACUUGAGCAGGAAAUCGAAAAGGCAAAAACAGAAGAGAACUACAUCCGGGACCGCCUUGCCCUCUCUUUAAAGGAAAACAGUCGUCUAGAAAAUGAGCUUCUGGAAAAUGCAGAGAAGUUGGCAGAGUAUGAGAAUCUGACAAAUAGACUUCAGCGAAAUUUGGAAACUGUGUUAGCAGAAAAGUUUGGUGACCUUGAUCCUAGCAGUGCUGAAUUCUUUCUGCAAGAGGAGAGGCUGACACAGAUGAGAAACGAAUAUGAGCAGCAGUGCAGGGUAUUACAAGACCAAGUGGAUGAACUCCAGUCUGAGCUGGAGGAAUUUCGCACACAAGGCAAAGUGUUGAGACUUCCCUUAAAGAACUCAGUGUCAGAAGAACUUGAGGUUAACAGUGGUUGCAUUGAGCCUGACCAGGGGCUUGGUUCUGAAGAAUGCAAUCCACUGACUAUGAGCAUCGAGGCAGAGCUGGUCAUUGAGCAGAUGAAAGAACAACAUCACAGGGACUUAUGUCGCUUAAGACUGGAGCUUGAAGAUAAAGUGCACCAUUAUGAAAAGCAGCUAGAUGAAACCAAGGUCGCCUGUGAAAAGGAGCAAGACAGCAUGAAGCAAAAGUACGAGAAUGAGGUCCGCGUCUUGGAAAAACAACUAAGUGACCUUAAAAACGAAACUGCAGAACUUCGGGGCCAGGCAGUGGUGCUCAAGGAAGCACAACAUACAACUCUCUGCAGACACGAGGAGGAGAAAAAAGAACUGCAGACGAGGUGGGAUGAGGAAAAGGCUCACCUGCGGGAGAAGCUGAGGCUGGAACACGAGAUGGAACUCAAGGCUCGCCUGGAGCAGGCGGAGGACAGCUUUACCCGGGAGAGGGAAGGACUCCUUCGGAAUGGCACCUGGACAGAAGAGAAGGUGAGAGGCUUGACUCAGGAACUCGAGCAGCUUCACCAGGAACAGCUGAAAAGCCUGAUGGAGAAGCACACUCUUGAGAAGGAGGAGUUGCAAAAAGAGCUCUUGGAAAAGCACCAAAGGGAACUUCAAGAGGGAAGGGAAAAAAUGGAAACUGAGUGUAAUAGAAGAACCUCUCAGAUAGAAGCCCAGUCUCAGGCUGAUUGUCAGAAGGUCACCGAGAGGUGUGAAAGCGCUCUGCGGAGCCUGGAGGGGCGCUACCGCCAAGAGCUGCAGGAGCUCGUGGAACAGCAGCUGGAGGAGAGAUCCCAGUGGGAGUUUGAGAAGGACGAGCUCGCCCAGGAGUGUGCCGAAGCCCAGGAGCAGCUCAAAGAGACUCUGCAAAGAGAGAAAGCAACGUCUCUGGUCCUGACCCAGGAGAGAGAGAUGCUGGAGAAAACGUACAAGGAACAUUUGAGUAGUAUGGUCGUUGAAAGAGAGCAGCUGCUCAGAGACCUGGAAGAUCUAAGAAACGUGUCUGAAAGUCAACAGAGCCUGCUGUCCGACCAGAUACUUGAGCUGAAGAGCGGUCGUGACAGAGGUCCGAAGGACGGGGAGCAGGUCCCGUGCCAGGCGGGCGCCUCAGAGCAGCAGGCCAGCCAGCAGCUUGAGAAGCUGGAAAUGGAACGUGACCGGGAGAGGCAGGAAAUGAUGGCCAAGCUUCAGGCCAUGGAGAGUGUCCACAGGGUGACCUGUGAGAAGGCAGAUCAGGAGAGGGCCCAGAUGAGCACAGAAAUCUCCAGGCUGCAGAAUAAAAUCAAGCAAAUGCAGCAGGUGGCAUCUCCUUUCUCCAGGAGAGAGAGUGGCUGCCGGGCAGCAGGAGGCGAGGACGCAGAAGGAAGUGGAGCCAUGUCCCUGCUCCAACAAGGAAAGCAGUUGUUGGAAGAGAAUGGAGAUGUUCUCUUGAGCCUGCAGAGAGCUCAUGAGCGAGCAGUGAAGGAAAAUGUGAAAAUGGCCACUGAAAUUUCGAGAUUGCAACAGAAGCUACAGAAAUUAGAGCCAGGGUCGGUGAUGUCUUCUUGUUUAGACGAGCCAACUACUGGAUUCUUUGGAAAUUCUGUGGAACGGACAGAGCCAUUUUUACUGCAAAAUCAAACGAAGCAAGUAGAAGGUGUAGCCACACGGUGCGCCCUAAGUGACCUACAAGACGAUGAGGCCCGGGAUCUGGGAAGUACAGGGACGAGCUCAGCUCAGAGACAGGAGGUCAAGACAGAGGAGUCUGAGGCAUCAAUAGAGAGUUUUUCCGAGCUCGAGAAUAGUGAAGAGACCAGGACCGAGACCUGGGACCUGAAGAAUCAGAUUUGUCAGCUUCAGGAACAGCUAAUGAUCUUGCGUGCAGACUGCAGUCGAGCUUCUGAAAAGAAACAGGACCUACUUUUUGACGUUUCUGUGCUAAAAAAGAAACUGAAGAUGCUUGAGAGAAUCCCCGAGGCUUCCCCCAAGUAUAAAUUGUUAUAUGAAGAUGCCAGCAGAGAAAAUGACUGUCUUCAGGAAGAGCUGAGAGUGAUGGAGAUGCGCUAUGACGAAGCCCUAGAAAAUAACAAAGACCUCACUUCGGAAGUUUUCAAAUUGCAGGAUGAGCUAAAGAAAGUUGAAGAGGUGACUGAAACCUUCCUUAGCCUGGAAAAGAGUUACGAUGAGGUCAAGAGAGAAAACGAGGAACUGCAUGUUCUGGUUUUGAGGCUUCAAGGCAAGAUCGAGAGGCUCCAGGAAAGAGUGGUGCUGCGCUGUGACUGCUUCUCCUUAUGGGAAGCCCAUUUAGAUAACCGGGAAGUUCAACCUGACGAGAAGGUGCUCGGACGACAUCAGACAUGGGAAGAGCGUGUGCCCACGGUGACAAGUGUCCAUCAUAUUCUAGAAGAACAUUAUCAAGAAAACCAGUACCUCGAGCAGCAGAAUGCACAGCUCGUGGGAGAAGUAAAAGCGAGUGAAAUUGCCUGGCUUCACAGAACAAUCCGGACACAUCGAGAGAAGCCCAGAGUACAGAACCAAGUUCUGCUGGAGGAAGACACCGCUCUGCCAGGCCUUCAAGACGGACAUCUUCAGCGUCAGGCCACCAUAGCGGAGUUGGAACUGGAGAAGAAGAAGCUGCAGGAGCUGACUAGAAAGCUGAGGGAGAGAGUCACUACUUUAGUUAAGCAGAAAGAUGGACCUUCUCAAGGAGAAAACGAGGAAGAACUAAAGGCGAUGAUGCAUGACUUGCAAAUCACGUGCAGUGAGAUGCAACAGAAAGUUGAACUUCUGAGAUGUGAAUCUGAGAAGCUUCAAGAAGAAAAUUCUAUUUUGAGAAGUGAAAUUACUACUUUAAAUGAAGAAGAUAGCAUUUCUAACCUGAAAUUAGGGAAAUUAAAUGGAUCUCAGGAAGAAAUGUGGCAAAAAAUAGAAACUGUAAAACAGGAAAAAGCUGCAGUUCAGAAGAUGGUUGAAAAUUUAAAGAAACAGAUUUCAGAAUUAAAAACCCAAAACCAACAAUUGGAUUUGGAAAAUACCGAACUUAGCCAAAAGAACUCUCAAAAUGAGAAAGAACUGCAAGAACUUAAUCAACGUCUGGCAGAAAUGCUACGCCAGAAGGAUAAAGAGCCAGGGCGCAGUACAUUGGAGGAAUGGAAACAAGAAAAGUCUAAUCUGAAGGAAGAACUGGAACAGUGUAAAGUGCAGUCCUCCACUUUAGUGUCUUCUCUGGAGGCAGAACUGUCUGAAGUGAAAAUACAGACUCAUAUUGUGGAACAGGAGAACCUCCUUCUCAAAGAUGAACUGGAGAAAAUGAAACAACUGCACAGAUGUCCUGAUCUUGGUGACUUCCAGCAAAAACUUGCUAGUGUUCUCAGCUACAAUGAAAAACUGCUGGAAGAAAAGGAGGCUCUCAGUGAAGAACUAAAGAGCUGUGUGGAUAAGUUGGCAAAAUCAAGUCUUUUAGAGCACAGAAUUGCCACUAUGAAGCAAGAACAGAAAUCUUGGGAACACCAGAGGGAAACCUUAAAGUCGCAACUAGAGGCUUCACAGGAAAAGGUUCAGAGUUUAGAAGACACCCUACAGAAUGUGAACCUGCAAAUGUCCCUGAUUAAAUCUGACCUACGAGUGACUCAGCAGGAAAAGGAGGCUUUGAAACAAGAAGUGACGUCUUUAUAUAAACAACUUCAGAAUGCUGGUGACAAGAACUGGGCCCCAGAAAUAGCCACCUUCCAUAACCAGCAGCAAAGGCCUCCUUGGGACCAGAUGGAUCAUCUGAUGAAGGAGGAACAACAGCUGCUUUGGCAAGAGAACGAGAGACUCCAAACUGUGGUGCGGAAUACCAAAGCGGAACUCACGCACUCACGGGACAAGGUCCGUCAACUGGAAUCAAACCUUCUUCCCCCUAAGCACCAAAAACAUCUAAACUCAUCAGGUACGGUGAGGCCUACAGAGCAAGAGAAGUUGAGCUUAAAGAGAGAGUGUGAACAGUUUCAAAAGGAACGAUCACCUACUAAUAGGAAGCAGGUCAGUCAGAUGAAUUCCCUUGAAAGAGAGUUAGAAACAAUUCAUUUGGAAAAUGAAGGCCUGAAAAAGAAACAAGUAAAACUGGAUGAGCAGCUAAUGGAGAUGCAGCACCUGAGGUCCACUGUGAUGCUUAGCCCAUCCCCUCCCACGUGGGAUCUCCAGCUGCGCCAGCAGCAAGCCUGUCCGACGGUGCCCAGGGAGCAGUUUCUGCAGCUUCAACAGCAGCUGCUGCAGGCAGAAAGGAUAAACCAGUGCCUGCAGGAGGAACUUGAAAACAGGACCUCCGAAACCAACACGCCGCAGGGAAACCAGGAACAACUGGUAACUGUCAUGGAAGAACGGAUGAUGGAAGUUGAACAGAAAUUGAAACUGGUGAAAAGGCUUCUUCAGGAUAAAGUGAAUCAGCUCAAAGAACAACUGUGCAAGAAUACUAAAGCAGAUGCGAUGGUGAAGGAUUUGUAUGUUGAAAAUGCCCAGUUGUUGAGAGCUCUGGAAAUGACUGAACAGCGACAAAAAACAGCAGAAAAGAAAAAUUACCUCCUAGAAGAGAAGAUUGCCAGCCUCAGUAAUAUAGUCAGGAAUCUGGCACCAGCACCACUGACUUCUACACCUCCCUUGAGGUCAUAGCCAAGCCAAAGGAUACACUCAUUUGUGCACUUUACUGAAAUGGAUGGAACAUUUCAGUAGGUUCUCUCAACCUUUUUUUUUUUUUUUUUUAAACCUUUACUGGUUUAAAGUUCAGCUCAACCUAAAACUGCCAGCAACAGAACUGUACUCUCCAUUCACUGUAAUUAGUUUUUCUAAAGAGACUCUCAUGGAAGCUGCAAAUAGUCACAUAUUUCACUGUUUAAAUUAUUCCCCAGUUUUGAAUUUUAAAGACAUACCCUGAUAGCCACCAAAAAGGUGGGUAUGUGAACACAGCGCAAGAAUCUUAAAACCCCCAGUUGUGAAUAAGUUAAAAGACAAAACAAUAUUAUGUACAAAUGUUUGUGUAAAUUCCAGGUAUUUUAAGUUUUAGAUCUGAUGAGUUUGUUUUGAUCUUUAUUUGAAAACCAAAUGUCUGUCUUCUUACACAUUUAAAUAUGGAGAAGUCAUUCUGUUUCCAAUAAUUUUGGCUCUUUAGUGAGAGACCCUGAGCUCAAUAACCACGGAGGACAGAAGAGCCAGAGCCCAUGUACUUGACCUUCUAACACCUAUGGCAGUAUUACCACUCCUGAUGGAUUAUGGAUACUAAAAACUGAUUUACUCAACUGCACUGUUAACUAAGGUUAAAACUGUACUUGCUUUAAAAAACCCAACUUUCUUUAAGCAUUUUUUUUUCCUUCUGACAAGUUUCAUUUGGGGAGCUUAUCUUCUAAGAAAUGGAUAAAGCCACAUUCUUAUAGCAUUUGAGCUAUAAGGAAAGCACUGAACACAAACCACUUUCAACAGUUACUCUUAGAAGAGAGUUAAGCAAACCAUGUGGUUUUCUCUCUCUCUAAAGUCUUGGAGUUCAUCAACUUACUUUUAGGGUUGCUUCAAGAACUCAGGGAACAAUAUUUUAAAUGGUCUUCCUGAAACACUGUAGGGCCUCUUUAAGAAUCUGAAAUGCAUAAGCCAUGUGAUCUUAUUUGUCUUAGAUUUAGAGCCAUAGGAUUUUUAGUUUUACAUUUUUACUGAAUUUACUCUUUUGG